CUAGCCCCCCUCUCUUUUAAAUUCGUCUCUCACACCCUCACUCACCACCACUAGCCACCAGCAACCACAGCCAACUUUCUCUGCCACCAGCCACCGUCAUAGAAACAAGCCACUGUUUUGCCGCUACCAGUCAACAUCGCGCCACCAACCACCGUCACCUCUAACUCUGCUAACAUCAAGUGAGAUGGCUUUGAGAGGUGCAUGGCAACUUCAAAAGCUGGUUCUGAGCUUUUCUGAUUUGGGAGGAAGUAGUAGGGGCAUCAGGGCAUUUAUGGAGUCACAUCUGCCAGCAUUAGGAGAGAAAAAUCCUCAGCUAGAUGUUGUUACUCAGCUGAUUCGUGGUCAGCAUCCACAUUUGAAAGGACUUUACCGGAACAAAAACGAAAGGGUGAUAUGUGUGAAGAAUAUGGAUCCAAAAGACGUACUUCUACAUGCAACCAGGCUAAGGAAUUCUUUGGGAAGAAAGGUUGUGAAACUGAAGACAAGACAUGUUGCCAAACACCCUAGCGUUCAGGGUACAUGGACAACAGAAUUGAAAUUUUGAGGUACAAGAAACAGCUCCAUGAGGAGCCUCCUUUGGUUUAUUAUUAUUGUUCUGUUUACCCAUAAUUACAGGCCUAGUGGAACCUUCACUUAUAGGAGCUUAAGGAUUGUGAUCAGUUGUGCAAUCUGGCUGAUGCUUUAUAUAAUGCAACAGGAUUCUUAGCAAUAUUCACAAGUCACACAUUUCAAAAACGUUUAUGGCAUUUACCCCAAUUUUGUUUUACAUAGAAUUAUGACAGGAAUAUGGGUAUUCAUGUUCCUUGUAAUCCUAUAUACUUUGUUAAAAUGGAAGGGUUAAUCUGAGAAAACUAUGGUUUUUGCUUCCUACUAGUAGGUCAACCUUGUACUCAA